AUGAGUCACAAAUAUCAAAAGGAUUUCUCUCUGCCCAAUAACUUUCAAGAGACUUUACGGGACUUUACUAGAGAGGUUUUAAGAUCUCAACCUGGUAACAUUUAUCGAUUUGGAUAUGAUUAUUUUAUGAAGCUGGCUAAGGAAAUGGGAGAAAGUACACCUGUGGUUACUGCUGGAAACAAUGCCUCCAAAGUUAAUGAGGAGGAACCAGAACAAGAAUACAAGGUUGUACAUACAAAUAAUAAUGAUUUACAUACUUUGGAUGAAUCUCUGAACGCUAGUAGUAUUAAACCAAACGAAGACGACUACCAAAAUAUUUCCAGCAUUUCCAUACAAGAUAAACCUGUGAGCAUUAAAUCUCAAGACAAAUUCGAAGACAAUGAUGUCGAAGAGGAGGGUGUAGAUGAAGAUCCAGAAGGUGGUGCAAAUUCUGCUUUUGAAGGAGACAUGCUCCAAGCUAUUGUACAAAUUUCAGACCAAGAGCUUUUAAAUAUUAUCUAUAAUCAAUUAAGCUCGUUCGGAUAUGAAAAUCUUCCUAUGGAUGUCAUUAAGGAUGAAAUCAAAAAAGUUUUCAACUAUCAACUCCCUGAAGCAAUCAUGCUCUUUGUUAUGGCAGAAUCAGAAAUUUCAGAGGAUGGUACAAUUGAAAUUGGUCAAUUCUCUCAACAAGUGACAAAUGUUUUGAAAACAAUUGUGGGAGUAGAGUCGUUUAUGGAAGAAAUUAAUGUCAAUGAGGCCGAUGUUGUUCAUGGACUCAACAAGAUGGAACUGGAUGAAGAAUUGAAGGCCAUUUUCGAAAGAGCUGACGAAGGCCAAACAGGUGCCAUUUCAUUCGCCAAGUUCAGAAGAGAAUUGUUGGAAGCAGACUUGGACCUUUCUAGAAGAGAGGUGAAUAUUGUUCUCUCUGAGGCUGAGUCAGAUGAGCAUGGUCAAGUUCUGUAUGAGAAGAGUAUUAAUAGUGCUCACAGACUUUUAUUCAUUGCAAAUAUGUUUGAUGAUUUUUGUAAUGAAAAUGAUUUACAUUUCUAA